AUGGAGCAAUCGAGGAGACGGGAUUAUCCUACUUAUCACCAUCAUUCACCACGUCGAAGCAAUGCUCGCUCCAGUCGCUGCCGGAGCAGACCUUACUCGCGUGACUCAUUGUUGGUUAAUCCUGAUAUCAUCGACCGUCUUGAUGACGCUGCUAUUUAUCAAUACCACCACGAAGGCCCUUACGAUGUAGUAUAUGCGGAGCGGAACCAUGACAGCAAAUCAAGCCCAGUCGAGGCUCUUCGAUCAUCAAAUGCAGAGACUCUCAAAGCCACCCCACCCGAAAAAAUUCGUGACUGUCUCGAUAGUCAUCGCCCUCUUGAGGGGGUGGCUUUUUACCCUCCUGGCCACACAGACAGGGAAGGCCGGGCUUAUGAAUACGAGGAGGGCACCAAUAUGAUGAACGAUUAUGGAAAUUUUAUGCGCUGUCCCGGUCUGAAAUUUACCGAUGAAGAUUUCAAAAACGAUCCUUUUUACAACCAGCCUCUUCCGAAGCCAUUCGCUUCCCUUCGAAAGAAGGUCAUGAAAUUCCGUCGUCGAAGGGGGACGGCGUAA